ACACUUUUUUGCAGCAGCAGUAGCAGCAGCAGUAGCAGCAGCAGUAGCAGUAGCAGUAGCAGCAGCAGCAGUAGUAGCAGCAGUAGCAGCAGCAGCAAUAGUGGCAGUAGCAGCAGCAGUAGCAUCGGUAGCAGCUACUGCACCAGCAGCAAUAACAUAAGUAGUUACAGAUACCACAAAGAACAGCAACAGCAGCAGCACAAACAGCAGCAACAGCAGCAGAGCACCAGCAGCAGCAAGAGCGCCAGUAGCUGCAAAAGCACUAGCCGUAGCACCGGAAGCAGCAAGAGCAGCAUGAAAAGCAGCAGCAAGAACAGCAUCAACAGCAGCAGCAAGAGCAGUAUCAACAACAGCAGCAACAGCAGCAUCAACAGCAGCAGCAAGAGCAUCAACAACAGCAGCAAGAGGAGCAGCAGCAGCAGCAAGAGAAGCAGCAGCAGCAGUAGCAAGAGAAGCAGCGGCAGUAGCAGCAAGAGGAGCAGCAGCAGCAGCAGCAGCAGCAAGAUGAAGAGCUGA